UCUGGUCAGACAUGGCCUCAGCCAGCAGCCUCCCAUGUGAAGAACAGCUCCUGUGUUCCAUCUGUCUGGAUGUGUUCACUGAGCCUGUCUCUACUCCAUGUGGACACAACUACUGCAAGACUUGUAUCACAGGGUACUGGUCCAGCAGCGACCUGAUACAGUGUCCCCUCUGUAAGAAGAGGUUCCGCAAGAAUACACAGCUAAAGGUCAACACAGGGUUCAGAGAUAUGGUGGAGCAUUUCAACAACAUGAGGGUGAGGGGGGAAGAUGAGACACCUGCCACACCAGGGGAGGUGACCUGUGACAUCUGCCUUGAGCCGAAGCUCAGGGCCCAGAAGACGUGUCUGGUGUGUUUGGCCUCGUACUGCCAGCUUCACCUGGAGCCUCAUCAGAGAGUCAAAAACCUGAAGAAGCACCAGCUGAUCGAGCCUGUGUCAAACCUGGAGGACAGAGUGUGUAAGAAGCACGACAAGAUGUUUGAGUUCUUCUGUCGGCAAGACCAGAAAUGUGUUUGUUUCAUGUGCUGUAAAGACGACCAUGUAACACAUGAAGCUGUCCCAUUAGAGCAGGAGUUCAGAGAGAGGAAAGCCCAGCUGGACUGUGAGAUGUCACAGGUAAAAGUAAUGGAAAACUCUAAACUUAGGAAUAUUAUGAAAAUCGCAUACUUAGAUGAAAUCAGCAAGUACCAUUCAGAGAAUGAGAUAGCAUACAUCACUGAGGUUUUCACUGCUCUGGUGGUCUCUCUACAAAGCAGCCAGGCUGAGCUGAUCCAGGUGGUCCAGGAGAAGCAGAAAGCAGCAGAGAAGGAGGCUGAAGACCGUUUGACACAGCUGGAACAAGAAAUCAAUGAGCUGAGGGGGAAAAGAUUAGAAAUGGAGAAACUUUUACAAACAGAGGACCACCUCCGUUUCCUGCAGAGCUGUCCAUCUCUUCAAUUCUCUCCACACAUUGAGCAAGAAGUCGCUGAGUUGAAGAGGACAAAAUCUGAAAUAGAGCAACUUUCACAAUCAGAGUUCAGCCUCAGCAUCUUGCAGAGAUGGCAGUCUCUCCAGCUCUCUGCACACAUUGAGGAACUGUUAAACCCUUCGUCCCAAACCAUCCCCUCUUUUGCACCAGACCUCUCUGUUGUCACUCAGCAGCGUUAUGUGGGGAUGGUGCAAAAAGCUGAGGCCCAGAUGAAGAAGACACUCAGUUCUCUUAUUCAUGAGGUCAGGUCUGAUGGAUGCGAGGCUGCUGAGAAGCCUGAUGCAACCGAAGAACCGAUGAUUGAUGGGAGUGUUAAAGAAGUGUGGACUCCAUCUCAGUACAAGCUGAUGAUGAACCAGCAGAUUGAUGCAGUGGAUGUGACUCUGGACCACUACACAGCCCACCCCAGGCUGGUGGUGUCUGAGGACGGGAAACAACUGAGAUUUGGUGAAGGCCCACCUUCUCUGCCUGCUCCAUUCGGGAAAAGAUUUGAACAACAACCUUUUGUCCUCGGGAAAGAGGGAUUUUCCGCCAACAGCUUCUACUAUGAGGUUCAGGUCAGUGGGAGUAAAGGCUGGGUCUUGGGAGUGGUUAAAGAGUCUAUGCACAAGGAUAUGUUUUACUUUCCCAACCCAGAGGAUGGGGCCUGGACACUUUGUGGAAUCUACAACCAAUUCCACAACCUUGAAUAUGUAGCUAAUAGCUUCAGCAAAGCUACACUGUGUGUGAGGCAAAAGCACAUGACAGUCGGAGUGUUUGUUGAUUGUGAGAAGGGAGAGGUCUCUUUCUUUGACGUGGAUGCUGGGAUUCUGAUCUACUCCUACGCAGGAUGUACCUUCACUGAAACCACACCAGCACUGAAAGCUUUGCUCUAUUCUAUGGCUGGCACAUCCUUAAGGAGAAGACCAAAGCUCUACCCAAUUUUUGGUAUCUUUGAAGGUGAUUAUGACAGCAAGCUUGUAAUCACUCCUGUUCCCCGCAACACUUACAAGUACCCUGUAGGCUUGCAUCAUUGGUAAUCAAUGUGUGACUUCUACCAAAAGGUUUUCUUGUUUCAGAUUUCAGAGACCUACCAAAAUUAGAGACAGUAGUAAUAGUAGUAAUAGUAUCACAGAUUGAUAAUAAAGUCAGUGUAAAAUAUAAAUUAUUUGAUUAAUAUUACUACUUUUUGUUCUUUCAGCCACUGUGCAAAAAAAAAGGUUACAGAUCUGAAGUGAGUAAAGCCAUUAAGACAAGUUAGCGGACAGUUAGUGAUGAGGUUUAUUUCAAACUAGAUCUGUCUCACACUUAUUUAAAUACAUGAUGCAAUACAUAUUUUUAACCAGGAGAUGGCGCCAGUGUUGAACAAGGAGUGGACAGUGGCAGGUUAGAUGGGACGAAAAAUGGCACAAGUUGAAAUAAAUGAAAGAAUAAAUAAAAAGAAAAAGAAAAUAAUAAAUGUCAAAAUGAUUAAAUAAAUUAAUACAUGUGGAAAUUUAAAAAUAAAUAUGAAAAUCACGAAAUAAAAUAAAGCUAUUUUUGUUGUUAUCAUUAUAUUUGUCCAUACAAAUGUACCUUUAGUUGUACCAGGCAUUAAAAUUAACAAGAAAUUGAAUUCCUUGACUGUAUGUGAAUAUUUGUCUGUUUUUCUGUGUUUAUAUGAUAUUAAACUCAACAUAUUUUGUUAUUGAACUGUUGAUUGGACAAAACCAGCUUCAUAAAUAUGUUGAUUUUGGUUUCAUGAAAUUGUGAUUGUGAUUGUGUUAUUUUAUAGACCAGAAGAUCAGUUAAUCCAUUUGACUUGUGUCGUCUUUGGGGAUUCACCAUAUUUACAGUUCAUAUUUUUGGAUAUAGAGUAACAAAAAAUGUGUUCAUCAGUGACAUCUUUGAGUUGUAGGAGGAGACAGUGAGCAAAUU